AUGGACACGGACACGGACACCCACACGCACACGGACACCCACACGGACACGGACACGCACACCCACACACACACGGACACGGACACGCACACCCACAUUGACACGCACACGGACACGCACACCCACACACAGACACACACGCACACGGACACGCACACCCACACACAGACACAGGCACGCACACCCACACGCACACUGACACCCACACGCACACCCACACGCACACUCACACGGACACUCACACCCACACGCACACUCACACCCACACGCACACGCACACCCACACCCGCACGGACACCCACACGCACACCCACCCGCACACCCACACGCACACUCACGCAUGUGUGGGGGCAAAGCUCGAGCCGUGACCCCACAGCGGCGCUGAGCCCCAAGGCCCUGCAGCUCCCCGGCCUCCAGCCAGGCCCUCCCAGCAGUCACUUAGGGCAGCGCUUUGGGGCUCAGGCAAAACCCCUGUGA